AUGGAUUUCAACGAAAUUCCCCAGCUUGAUAUGGACGAUAUGAAGUGUACCUCUGCUGCUGUGGCAUCUCGUGAUCCCUGUGGAACUGUAAAGCCACGCAAUACCAAUGAGGACGAAGAAGAGGCAGAAGAGAAGGAAGACGAGAAGGACAGUGACGAAGAAGAUGAGGACCCGAAGCAAAAGGCAAAAGAAGGUGAGGAUUCAAGCUCAGACCCUGAAAGCGAAGAUGAGGUUGAGAAGAAGGAUCCAAAGACAGAGGAGGCGUUCGAAGCUGAGGAGGAUUCAGAAGACGAAAGCGAAGAUGAGGAGGUGAAGAAGGAGUCAAAGACAGAAAAGAAGGCACCAAAGGCAGAAGACUCAGAGGAUGAAGAGGAAGGCAAGGAUGAGGUGGAGAAGAAGGAACCAAAGAUGGAGCAGGCAUCGGAAGUUGAGGAGGAGUCAGAAGAUGAAGAAGAGAGCAGUGAUGAGGCAGAGAAGAUGGAAGGCCAGAAAAAUGAUGACAACGUCAAAGCAGAGGAGCCUGCAAACACUGCAGAGGAGAUGACAAAGACUGAGAAAGAUGAAGAGGAUUCGAGCUCAGACCCUGAAAGCGAAGAUGAGGUUGAGAAGAAGGAUCCAAAGACAGAAAAGGUGGUUGAAGCUGAGGAGGAUUCAGAAGACGAAAGCGAAGAAGAGGAGGUGAAGAAGGAGUCAAAGACAGAAGAGAAGGCACCAAAGGCAGAAGACUCAGAGGAUGAAGAGGAAAGCAAGGAUGAGGCGGAGAAGAAGGAUCAAAAGAUGGAGCAGGCAUCGGAAGUUGAGGAGGAGUCAGAAGAUGAAGAAGAGAGCAGUGAUGAGGCAGAGAAGAUGGAAGGCCAGAAAAAUGACGACAACGUCAAAGCAGAGGAGCCUGCAAACACUGCAGAGGAGAUGAAAAAGACUGAGAAAGAUGAAGAGGAUUCGAGCUCAGACCCUGAAAGCGAAGAUGAGGUUGAGAAGAAGGAUCCAAAGACAGAGGAGGCGUUCGAAGCUGAGGAGGAUUCAGAAGACGAAAGCGAAGGUGAGGAGGUGAAGAAGGAGUCAAAGACAGAAGAGAAGGCACCAAAGGCAGAGGACUCAGAGGAUGAAGAAAGUGAAGAUGAGGUGGGGAAGAUAGAAGACACCAAAGAGGAGCCUGCAAAGACCGCAGGGGAGAUGACAAAGACUGAGAAAGAUGAAGAGGAUUCGAGCUCAGACCCUGAAAGCGAAGAUGAGGUUGAGAAGAAGGAUCCAAAGACAGAAAAGGUGGUUGAAGCUGAAGAGGAUUCAGAAGACGAAAGCGAAGAUGAGGAGGCGAAGAAGGAGUCAAAGACAGAAAAGAAGGCACCAAAGGCAGAAGACUCAGAGGAUGAAGAGGAAGGCAAGGAUGAGGUGGAGAAGAAGGAACCAAAGAUGGAGCAGGCAUCGGAAGUUGAGGAGGAGUCAGAAGAUGAAGAAGAGAGCAGUGAUGAGGCAGAGAAGAUGGAAGGCCAGAAAAAUGAUGACAACGUCAAAGCAGAGGAGCCUGCAAACACUGCAGAGGAGAUGACAAAGACUGAGAAAGAUGAAGAGGAUUCGAGCUCAGAGCCUGAAAGCGAAGAUGAGGUUGAGAAGAAGGAUCCAAAGACAGAUGAGGCAAAAGAUGUCCCGAAAGUUAAGCAGGAGUCGAAGGACGAAGAAGGCAGCAGUGAUGAGAUAGAGAAGAUCAAAAGUGAGAAAGAGGAUGUGAAGGUGAAAACAGAAGGUGGCGAGAAUGCAAAGACAAUGGCCGAGAAUGAGAAAAAUUAUGAGUCGAGCUCAGAGGAGGACUCAUCAGGCAGCUCAAGCAGCAGCGACAGUGACAGCAGUUGCAACAGCAGUGACAGUGGCAACGACCUGGACAGUGAAGAACAAGAGGAAGGAAGAAAGACCGAGCAAACAGCUGUUGAACAAGCUGCACAGGAAGCUGGGACACUGGCCGAGUUUGAUGGGGUAGGUAUCAACUUGGAAGGCACUCCUGUUCCCAGUGCAGCCUCGGCUGCUGUUGGAGCUGAUGGUGAGCAGGCUGACCAGGUUGAACCAAAGGUGAAAAGACGAGGAAAGGUGGCAGAGACCACAGUGAUCAAAGAAAAUUUUAAGGACUUUGCUGAGAAUUCUUUCAAGAUUACCAUCAAUCGCAUUCAGCAGUUGACUUUGCAAAAAGUGGGCAUGAAACUUCCCACGCCAAAAGAACAGCUAGAGAUGGUGAACAAACGAAGAGACGGCUGGAUUGUGGAAGUUCGACGCAGAAUUUCUGGAAAAGCAGCUGGCCAAUUGUACAAGCUAUACAUAUCUCCCAAAGGUAGCAGCUGCACUAGUUCAGCCAUGAACCCCAAGUCUUUGCUGCCGAUCUUGCUUUGGAUCAACCAGAUCCCUUUGCCCAAGCAAGACGUCGAGCUGUGCAGUGGUGAUGGGCACCUGACGCGAGGGCUUUGGUCCCAGGGCUACCAUGGAAAAGCCUUCGAUGAAACUUGGCAAAGCAUCUUUCGAACUCAUCAAGAACAUGUUUAG